AUGUCACUGAAUGCCUUCCAUCUUUCCAUGUGCAGUUAUAUUAAGAAAAUUCCAGAAGUGCCACCUCAGUCGUAUAUCUGCUUUCGGUGUGGGAAGACGGGACACUUCAGUAAAUUUUGUUCAACGACUAUGGAUCCAAACUUUAAAUCAUUUCAACGGAUCAGUAAAAGCUCGGGUAUCCCUACAAGCUUUAUGGUCGAGGUGAACGAUCCAACUAUGAAAGGUGUGAUGCUUAGCAACACUGGCGCCCUGGUUAUCCCAGUCAUUAAUGCGGAGGCUUAUAAAAAUGCAAAGAAAGAAGAGCCUGUGUUCAUAGAGAAGAAAGAGCCAGUGCCUUCUGAGCUCUUGUGUUUGAUCUGUGGAGAUAUCAUGGUGGAUGCAGUGGUGAUUCCCUGCUGUGGAAGUAGCUACUGUGAUGACUGUAUUCGAUCACUGCUGCUGGAUUCAGACACUCACACGUGCCCAACAUGCCAACAGUCAGAGGUCUCCCCAGACUCCCUGGUAGCUAAAACUCUUUUGCGGCAGCACAAGUUAGAACAGGGAAUGAAGAUGAUAGCCCUGCAGCAAGUGGAGCUGUUUUUACCACCAGGACUUCUUCUGCUGGACCUUCGACGGCUUUGGCUGGCACGCUGA